AUGAACGUAUGCUUUUUGGUCCUCUUUCUGAUAUUACACUGUGCUUAUGGGAGAUCCACUGCCCUGAGGGUAGCCCCCGAAGGAAUGACAGCCUUUUUGAGGGCAGUUCCUACGAGAAACACCCUAAGGAAGAACGUUCGAGUUUACAACAACUUAGAGAAAGUCAACACAGAUAUAAAAGACCUGGACAUUUUAAACAAGUGGAAGGAAAACUACCACCUUCGAAUUGUUCUAAACUCCUACUUUUCGGACCACCUGCAAAAGGCCGUCUUAAAUGUGAAGGAGAAAAUCAGCCAGUAUCCUCAGUUUAUCAUUGCUGGCCCGAUUCCGCAGAAGACAAUAAAGAAGAGAUUCACCUUCCUGAGAUCGCCCCACGUGGAUAAGGACAGCAGGGAGCAAUUCGAAAUAAAGCAGUACGGAUGUAAAUUGGAUAUUUUUCUGAACUCUUCCAUAAGCUUGAAAAGCAACGAAUUCACUGACUUCCUAUCCGUGAAGCUGCCCCGGUUCGUGGGCUUCGAGUACUACUUCGAAGAAAAUUACAAAGGACUAAAAAAGGCGGAAGUACAAAAUUUAAAAAAAAAAAAAUACGUCAGCAAGUACUACACGAAUUUGCUUAACGCCAAGGAGAAAAAAAAAAUUGUGGAAUCGUUGCUGGAAAAUGCAAAGUACAUGAAUGUGAGGCUGCCCAGAAAUUUUUAUGACCUGUACAAAUUCCCCCUGCAUAUAUUGCAGCACUAUUACAAAAAAACGAUGGAGAAGAAAAAGUGGUAUCACGAGAAUGAAGACUUGAUGAAGAAAAUCGAGUCCCUCUCAUUUGAAUAG